CCUCGAGUGAGCCGGACUGUAUGGUAAAAAACUGAAAAUGUUUUAAAAAUUCAACUGAAGCGGCUGUGCUCUAAGACGCUCGCUUCGUCUUUCCAUCUCACAGAAAUGGCGUUUCUCACCAAACUCUCCCGAUCAUCCUCCAGAAUUAACCCGGGCUUCCUUUUCUCCCGCCUCCUCAGCAAUGUCCCGGAGAACACCGUCUACGGCGGACCGCAGCAUCAGAACCCUAGCCAGAGAGUUACGCUGACCAAUUUGCGGCAGAAGCACAAGAAAGGCGAGCCCAUCACCGUCGUCACCGCUUACGACUAUCCCUCCGCGGUUCACCUAGAUGCUGCCGGAAUCGACAUCUGUCUGGUCGGCGACUCCGCUUCCAUGGUUGUCCACGGCCACGACACCACCCUCCCUAUCUCCCUCGACGAAAUGCUCGUCCACUGCCGCUCCGUCGCUCGCGGUGCCAAGCGCCCGCUCCUCGUCGGAGACUUGCCCUUCGGGACCUACGAAUCCAACACAACUCAGGCAGUUGAUACGGCGGUGCGGGUUCUGAAGGAAGGAGGGAUGGAUGCAAUUAAACUGGAAGGAGGGUCUCCGUCGAGAAUUACUGCGGCGAAGGCGAUUGUGGAGGCCGGAAUUGCGGUUAUGGGCCACGUAGGGCUCACUCCUCAGGCCAUUAGCGUUCUUGGGGGAUUUAGGGCUCAAGGGAGAAACAUUGGUAGCGCCGUCAAGGUUGUGGAGACGGCAUUGGCUCUGCAGGAAGCAGGUUGUUUCUCUGUUGUUCUGGAGUGUGUCCCUCCGCCGGUGGCUGCAGCUGCUACUUCUGCUCUCCGAAUACCUACCAUUGGCAUUGGGGCAGGGCCUUUCUGCAGUGGCCAGGUACUUGUGUACCACGACCUCUUGGGAAUGAUGCAGCAUCCACACCAUGCGAAGGUCACUCCAAAGUUUUGCAAGCAGUAUGCACGUGUUGGAGAUGUCAUCAACAAAGCACUACUGGAAUACAAGGAAGAAGUGACGAGUGGUUUGUUUCCUGGUCCAGACCACAGUCCAUAUAAAAUAAGCGAAGCUGAUCUGGGUGGUUUUGUGAACGAGUUACAGAAGUUAGGGUUGGACCAGGCAGCCUCUUCAGCAGCUUCGGCGGCUGAGAAGGUUAGUAAAUCUCACGACUGAACGAUAGAUGAGCAAGUUUAGGACUUUAGGAGAAAAUGUGUUUUCUAUUGUCUCGGUCAGUCAUCCGUGCCGGCAAGUUGAUACUGGUUUUUGUUUCGGAUGGUAGAGAAUAAGCUUAACUGUAGCUUCACCGGCCCUUUAUAUGGCUGUCAUAUAUCAUGCCCGUUUGGCCUACUAGAGGCCAUUUCAUGGCGACCGUGUUCGUCACUCCAAUUUCCACCGGAAAUCUCUUGUGACAAUUUUCUAGUUUCUGAAAACGGUGACGAUAAUAAAAGGGAUGUGAAGGAAAGGGGCUAUAAGAAAAGUCCAUACUGUAACUCGUUUAUGUUUUGACCAACAAUUGAUUGUCUGUAGAACCUUGAUUGGCAGCAUAAUUUCCUUGCUAAAUGACCUUUUAACCCAUCACUACCGUAAAAACCCCGAUUUGAUAAAUAUCAAGGAUUGUAAAAAUCGUAUCGGAGGUUAUAUUGAAAAAGUAAGUGAUAGGGUUUUUUUGUUGAAACUGUGUUCGUUUUCUAUUGCUAAAUAUCGUUUGCCAAUUUAGUCUUUGGUAAAAAAAAAUUAUGUUUGAACCGUCAAUACGGUAGGGUUUUUCAAUACUAUAAAUACAGAUCCUCACGCAAAUGGUUACUGUGGCUAAAGCCCUGAUCCCUUGGGGUAGCAACUAAGGUUAGCUUGAUUUUGGUUAUGACGGUUGGUGUUGACCCUAGGCUUCUAAUAAUUGAAGGGUAAUUAACAUAAAUGAUCACAAACCUUUGCAUUUAGUAAAAAAUGGCUAGUGGUUAAUCACACACCACAUAAGAGGGUCCUUGAAUGGGCACACUUAUUCAUAUGGCUUGUUUUGUGGUUAAUCACACUAAACAAGAGAAAUCCAUAUAGCUAUCUGUUAAUUCACAUUGUGGGUGAAUGUAAUAAAUAAAUCAGGGUAUCCAAAUCACUUACAGAUUGCCAUAGCCUCUUGGAACUUUUUAUGCCUCUAUCGUGGACUACCCGUAUGAGAAGCCGCCAAAAUGACAUGCUUGCCAGUUAAUUCAAAAUCAGAGUCACCUCGUAGACAGACAUCGAGCAAACUACUAACAUAAUGCGUACACAACUUAGGUGGGUUAUUUCGAAUCCAAUGUAGUCGUUCAGCUUCCACCAAAGCAUAUGCAUUUACCACAUACUGUCAAAACAAUUUUCCAACUAAUAACACUGAAUUCGAUUGAUGGAAUAUUGUCUGUAGGCGAUAGGCAAAAUAAAUCACAUUGCGUCAAUGUAUUGUCCUUCCAAAGAUUAUCCUUAUCAUCAUCAUCAAAGAUAAUAUUACGAUGCCAUCCAUCCUGCUUGUAAAGAAAAGGAAUUGGAUAUUACAAUUUACAACGUCAUUAAAGAUGGACCAUGAUGAUUAAUUCUCUCCAAUUGAGAACUUUUAUAUUGAACAAUAAUGUUCGGUGCAAAAGUAUCCUGACCUUUUUCAUCCACAAUCAAUGCAAUACCAUCAUCCACGGUUGGUAGGUCAUAUUCUCUUCCAUCAUGGGCAUGUUUGGCAAACAAUUUUACCUCCUCAACAAGUGCUUGAGGUUUUUUGUGUCUAGCCAUCUCAAAUGUGUGAAUCAAAACAUUGCAUCCAUCAAACAUUUAGGGUUCGUUUGGAUGGACCAAUUGAAAAAUGAAACAAUUAGACCAGUUGUCUUAUUCUACAAAAUGAGUCAAUUCGAAUUGUCUGCCCCCACCUAAGACAAUUAUAAUUGUUUCAAAACGAGUCAGUUUGAAAUUUCCCGGGCAGAAUUGCUUCAUCUAAAUUUUGUGUUGUCAAACGAAUCAAUUUUUCCAGAUUGUGUCAAAAUAAAACAACUGAGUCAAAUUGUUCUGUUAUAAUUUUUUCAACAUAUUUAAUAUUCUAAGCAAUAUAUCACCUUGACCAACUAACUUCUUUAUGCUUGAGAAGAUAUGUCUAAUUUGUUCUCCUUGAUUGUGUAGAAUGAAGUUGAUAUUAAGGAGUGGAGAGUAAAAAAACUUAGUUGACAAGGAGAAAGAAGCUUUCAAUUAAUCAUUUGGUUUAUAGAUGUUUAUCGUUAAUGCUCAACAAUUUGUACAAAUUAUUUGUAGUUUACUUGUGUGCUCAUUGUUUUUGUCAAUGUUCAAGAAUACGCUAGUCGCUAUCUAGACGAGAAGGCACCACCCAAGCCGAUUAGUAGUUUGCCUAAGGGAGAUUAAACGUUGAAAAAAAUAUAUGAUAGAUAUUCCACAAAAACCCAAGUCACCAUAUCAUUAUUCAUCCAUUCAUAUACACAUAGAACCCUUUUUCACAAUCUCAAACAUCUCAAGUCACCAACCACGAGGAGAGAUCUCGCUGCUGGUCGAUGAAAGGGAGCGACUGGUCGAAUGGAAAUAAGAAAUAGAAUAGGAUUUGGGAUUUUCUCAAUUAUAGCCCCAAAUUUUGGAACUUUAGGACCAUGGUCUAAUUACCUAAACUUUCAAGCUAUUAGAACCAUUCAAUUUUAAUUAACUCCCCAUUGUGCAUCCGUAGCAAUCCCAAACAUGGGAAAACCUAACUACAAGCCAAAAUAAGAAAAUGUAAGUUUUCGAGUUAGCGAACAAUCAGAAAUCUCUUUAGCAUUGCACCACUAAAUCUCCGCUAGACGAAUACUUGUAUAGCUCAUAAUCAAAUAAGACUAAGGCUAAUCUCUUCCAUUAGCUAAAGAGAACCAUUCAAUUUUAAUUAACUCCCCCAAGUCCUCUCUGCAACUUAUAUUUGGCAGCGGCCUUGGCGGCAGAGUUAAUUCAACACCGGGAAAAAACGAAAGCCAAGAACUCACGAAGUUAAAAACUUAAAUCCGCUUCUUUUUUUUUUCUCCACUGAUAUUUACAAUGGAGGAUCAAGAGAGUCGACCAACGAAAAAAAGUGAAUAAGCAGAGAGGUAGAAUCAGAAAUCUCGUGUGGAAAGCGCCGCUCAUCGCAACCAAUAUCUUGAAAACAGAGAUAUGGAUGCUGCGUCCGCAACAGAAGUUUCAUCACCUUCUUCCCCCUCUUGCAAAAUUGCUUGCUAUUCAUAAGAGAGACUGAAACCUAUCCCAUCCCACAUAAGCACGAAGCGAAGAACUGGAACAGGAAGAAGAAAAAAAACGUAAUAAGAGUUUCUGAUAUGUUUUCCCAGUACUAACUUAGUCUGUCGCGGCGGAGGCGAAUCUGGUGUUUGAUUUAUAGCAUAGCGGCGGUGUUGUUUGAAGGCCGAAGCGCCUUUUGCCCUAACCCCAAACGGCCGCUGAGCAGGUCGUUUCAUCGCACGGGUUGGUUUAUUAUUUGUUAUGCUAGCAAUGGAUGAUAAACCCGUCGUAUGCUGGACAAUAUAAUCGGUAUCGGUCAUAAAAUCGGUUGGAACAGUCCGAUAUUAAUUAGGAUGACAGAUUUUUUAUUUCUACAAAUUGACAUUAUUUUAUCAAAUUUAGUUUAAAAAUAAUAUUUGAUUUGUUAC